ACCUUCGCACCUUCCUCUCGUUGAUUUCAUUACGAGUGCUUUUAUACCGCAAAAGGCCGCUUCUCUUUUCUCACAUUCGCUCUCCAUUACUGUUGCUUCUGGACUUUUCCACUUGCACUACACUUAUCCCAGCGCUUUCUCACCUGCAACAGUUUAUACACUUUCAAGUUAAUUCCCUCUCACAAUGUCGAUGAAGUACCUCGUCCCCGCACUCGCCGCUGUUGGCGGUGCCUACGCCCAGAGCUCUUGCAGCGUUUCUGGUACCACCACCAUCAACGCUGCUGCUGAUGCUUCGGCUCUCUCUGGCUGCUCCACCUUCUCCGGCUCUAUUGCCAUUGCCACUGGUCUCGGUGAGGCUGUCUCAAUCCCUGGUGUUAGAAGAAUCACAGGUGAUCUUGUCGCAACCAACAACUCCCUGAUUCCCUCCAUCUCGGCCGACAGCCUCCAGAUCAUCGGCGGUGCUUUCCACCUCGACGACCUGCAGAUUCUUUCGACCCUGUCGUUCCCCCAGCUCACCCAGGUUGACGCCAUCCAAUGGAACGCCCUCGCUGGUCUCCAGCUGCUCUCCUUCACCACUGGUGUUCAGCAGGCCAACGAGCUCAACAUCCAGAACACUCAGCUCCAGACCCUUGACGGUAUUAACCUUGCUGUUGUCGACACCGUUUUCAUCACCAACAACAACUACUUGAACGACAUCUCUAUGCAGCUCGGCAACAUCUCCACCUCGCUGACCAUCGAGUCCAACGGUGGCAACGUCUCUGCCAUCUUCCCCAACUUGAUCUGGGCCAACAACAUGACCUUCCGCAACGUCUCCCAGAUUGCCUUGAACUCGCUCGUUUCCGUCAACGGUUCCCUCGGCUUCUACGCCAACGAGUUCGAGUCGCUGCAGUGCGCCAACCUUACCACUGUCGGUUCCAACAAGGGUGACUUGACCAUCGUCUCCAACCAGAACCUUAACAACGUCUCCUUCCCCCAGCUCACCAAGGUUGGCGGUGGUCUCUCCAUUCAGAACAACACCGACCUCAUGACCGUCAACGGCUUCCCCAAGCUUGCCACUAUCACUGGCGCUUUCGACCUGUACGGCGACUUUGCCAACGUCACCAUGCCCGCUCUCAAGGAGGUUGACGGUGCUUUCAACAUCCAGUCCUCAAGCGUCCUCGGCGGCUGCGACGCCUUCCAGAAGCUGAAGUCUGGCGGUGAGAUCCGCGGAAAGUUCUUCUGCAACGGUACCGUCGCCAAGCCCUCCGGUGUUGGCUCCAACCCCAGCGUCACUGGCUCCGGCAGCUCUUCCAAGUCCACCGCCUCCGGUGCUGCCAACGCCAUGUACGUCCCCACUGCCGCCGCUGGUGUCAUGGGUGUCGUCGCCGCUCUCUUCGGUCUUCUGUAAACGGGUCAGUUCUUGACUUGGUGUUGAUCAAAUUGCAUGGCGUUCGAUUUCAUUUUCUUUGUCUUGCGUAGACUAAUCGACGGGACAUUCUCAAUCUAUUCAAUUCCCCGAAGGUUUACUCUACCCACAUACCGGCUUCGGGUUUCACUUGAGCGAAAGCAUUCUUUUAAAAUACAGGAUAGCGUGCAUCGAAUGGUCCUUUUACUCACAAAGUUUAUUUCCUUUUUUCUUCUAAUGGCUUCUAACGAGUUAGGCGGAC